GGAGAUAGGAUCGCCUACUCCUCUGCCUUUAAAAUUAAACAGCCUUGGAAAAGCGUUUUAUCAUUAAUUUUCUUUAAAAUUCCUCCUACCUUUUAUUUAUGUUAAAAACAGACGAUCAUCAUCAUGGGUUUGAUUUUUCAAACCAGAGAAUGGAUGGAAACCCCACAUGCCACCACACCACCGCCUCCACCCGUAGAUGCAAAUCCCUCCAAGCUCAUCCCAAUUCGUGUUAAAAAAUUAAAAGUAAGACCAUAUGACACAGAUCAUGUGAAUCUCUCUCUCUCUCUCUCUCUCUCCACAUUAUAUAAAGGCGACGCCGAGACAACUUUCUCUCCAGUCUAACACCGUGUCAUUUAGUUCAAAAUCUAUCUGCGGAUCGAAAUCCGAGAUGGGUUUCCUGUCGAGAGUCACGCCUGUGCUUGUGUGUCUGUUUCUGCUCUGGCACCAAACGAAAGCAGAGCAUUUCAGCGGCAAUGGGAGCAAAGUGGGAUUGGGAGGCAGCAGGUGCAAUUUAUUCAGAGGCAAAUGGGUUUAUGAUAACUCUAAUCGCCCUCUCUACGACUCGAGCUGUCCCUUCAUAGAUCCAGAAUUCAACUGCCAAAAGUAUGGCAGACCCGAUCGACAGUACCUCAAGUACAAGUGGCUCCCAUUCUCCUGCAAAUUACCGAGGUUUAAUGGGGUAGAUUUGCUGAAUAGAUGGAGGGGGAAGAAGAUCAUGUUCGUGGGGGACUCGCUGAGCUUGAACCAGUGGCAGUCCCUCACCUGUAUGCUCCGCGCUUCGGUUCCAAACGCCAAGACCUCCUUCGUCAAGAAGAACUCCUUCUCCUCUGUUACAUUUGAGGGUUAUGGAGUAAUGGUGAUGCUGUAUCGCACGCCGUACCUAGUGGACAUGGUUUACCAAAAGAAUGUGGGACGAGUCCUCAAGAUCGACUCCAUCCGCAGCGGGAAUGCUUGGAGGGGCAUGGACGUCCUGAUCUUCAACACCUGGCACUGGUGGACCCACACCGGCCGCAGCCAGCCGUGGGAUUACAUAGAAGACAAGGGAAAGUUGCGGAAAGACAUGAACCGGCUGGUAGCAUUUUACAAGGGGCUCACAACGUGGGCAAGAUGGGUUAAUCGGAACGUUGACCCUUCCAAGACCAAAGUAUUCUUCCAGGGCGUUUCUCCCACCCAUUAUCAGGGAAAGGAUUGGGACAAGCCAUCGGAAUCGUGCGGCGGGCAGCAGGUACCAUUCUCAGGGAAUAGUUACCCGGCGGGCAUGCCGAUGGCUUCGGCGGUUGUGAACAAAGUGCUGAGCAGGAUUAAGAGGCCAGUGUAUUUACUGGAUAUCACCACGCUGUCGGAGUACCGGAAGGAUGCACAUCCAUCAUUCUACAGCAGCAAGAGCGGCAGCGGUGUAGUGGACUGCAGCCACUGGUGUCUCCCUGGUUUGCCGGAUACUUGGAACCAGCUUUUGUAUGCAGCUCUAGUCAUGUGAAGAACUGCAUAUAUAUGUGCAAUUGAUUUUUUGCUUUUGGUUUUUGUUUUUCUUUGUUAGUUAUCUAGCUAGUUUAAUUGCAAAAAGGUAAAUCAUUGUUUGAAAUUAGGGAGUUGCUUUCAUUUUUCGUACCAUGUGGUCAAAUAAGAGGGUUGGUGCACGUUUUAAUUGUAAAGAAGAAGAAGAAGAAGAAGAUUGCAACAAAUUGUUGUGAGUUGAAGGAAAUGCCUUCACACUUGGAAAUCUCAUUGACCAAUUUGGCAUCAUUAAUGUAGUGUCCAAGUAAAGAAUUAUUGUGUA